AUGGGCCCGAAAUCGGAUUCGGUGGUGUCCAAGGAAAUGAAAGACAAGGUCUGCCCGAUUAUUCAUGUCUUUUAUGUCUUAUCGUUUCUUUGUACCAAUUAAUUUCAGGAUUUUGAUACUGAGGUGGACUCGGAUCGUCGCAAACCCGAGACUGGCCGCGAUGUUCCUCGACAACUUAUUCGGAUUCAGAAGACAAAAGUAGGCGAUGGAAUCGUCAAGGUGGAGCUGAGAUAUGUGUCCUAUCAGAAGAACGAUAAGAAUGAUUUGAAGGAAGGCGACGUCAGCUCACAGAUUCUGGCCCAUCUUUUUGCCAAGUAUCAGGAGAUGGAAUCGGGAACGAAGAAAAAGAUAUUCAUCGACCAGCAGCCCCAGUAUAUCAAGAGUUUGCUUCUCAAGAUGGAAAAUGCAGAUUCUUUGAACAAAUAA